UCAAGUUCGCAUGACAGUUCAAUCAAAACAAUUCGAUGUUAUAAUUGUAAGCAAAUGGGGCACUACAAGAGCCAAUGUCCUCAUUUGAAGUCAAAAAUUGGAAAUUCCGUAUUCAGUGCAAUAUUUUUGGGCGGACAUAAUUUCAAAAAAGAUGAAUGGUAUUUGGAUUCAGGGGCUAGUGUCCACUUAACAACAAACAAGGACUGGUUAGUGGAUUUGAAAAGUGUUAAAAGCCCGAGUGAAAUUUGUAUAGCCGACAAAUCGACAAUAACUGUGGAGUAUGGAGGAAAUGUGAACAUCAAGACAGUUGUUGAUUCCGAACCAGGUGGUAAUUAUUUCGGCAUCAUUACAAAAUUUAUCGUGAAACAUGGCAAUACAAGACUGCAAUUGGUACUUAAGAAAGCUUCUCUUAAUCAAGAAGCCAGACAAAAAAGAGCUAUAUUACCAGCGUUUGAGCGAGAGUACGAACUUUAUAAUAAUGUUUUACCGGAAUUGAUGAAAUUUCAAAUUGCUCACUCUGUAUCUAAAAAAUUCACUGCACUACCAAAGUACUAUAAUGGUACCAAUGAAAAUGAAAAAGAAGCAAUUUUAAUGGAAGAUUUAAACGCUGCAGGCUUUAGACUAUGGAAACGCUUGGAACCAAUGGAUUUUGAACAUAUGUCACUCAUUUUCCAAGAAUAUGCCAAAUUACAUGCGAUAUCAUUAGCUCUAAGGCAUAAGCAACCAAAAGCAUUCGAAAAUCUAACUGAAAAUAUUAAAUUGAAUUUUUUAAAACAACGUGAAGUAAAAAUGCCAGCUCACUACAAACACAUGCGGCAAGUAGUACUAGAAAAAGGUGCCCAAGCAGUACUGGGCAACGCAAAAGCUCAACGGUGUUACAAUCAGUUCCAAAACGCUUACUGGCAAUAUUUAGAUGAGGAUCAAGAAAACCCCGAAAACGAUAUAUUGGUUGUUAGCCACGGAGAUUGCCAUCCAGAUAAUAUUUUAUUUAAGUACGACGAAAUUACUGCCAAACCAAAAGAAUUGCGUUUCAUCGAUUGGCAACUAUCGUCCACAGAAUCUCCUAUAAAUGAUAUUAGUUUUGUAUUGUUUACAUGUGCAGGAGAAGACGUACUCAGCCGAUGUGAGGAAUUGUUUCAAAUUUAUCAUGGUACUAUUGAGGAGAAUUUGACUGAAUUUGGAUGUGAUUCUGAUGAAGUAGGUAGUUUUUGGUUAUAAAAGCUUCGCACAUCUGUGGAACAAGCAUUUUUUGCACGGUUUAUACCGAGCUCAAGUUUGUCUGAAGCUCUUCCUGAUAACGCCUAAAGAAAUUGCUGACCUCGGAGAAUCAACUUCAAUUUUGGAUAUUUUGAAAGCAGAUCUGGAUGCUGGUUCACUUUUUUCUCAAAGAAUGAAGGGCUUAUUUGAAAUAGUCGGAAAUAAAUGGUUGAAAUGACA